AUGUUUAAAAGCGUGGUGUGGAAACGUUUUUCAUCUACUAGCGGAACUGCAAGGGGAAAGUUAGACGAAUUCUUGAUAUACCACAAGACAGAUGCCAGGUUAAAGCCAUUUAUUUACCGUCCCAAGAAUGCUCAGAUCUUGCUAACUAAAGAUAUCAGAGACCCCAAGACCAAGGAACCAUUGGAGCCAAGACCCCCCGUAAAGCCGUUAUCGAGACAAACGUUAAAUGAUUUUAUUUAUUCAGUUGAACCCAAUUCGACGGAAUUGUUGGACUGGUUUAAAGAGUGGACUGGCACCUCAAUUAGAAAACGUGCUGUUUGGACCUAUAUCUCACCAAUCCAUGUUCAGAAAAUGUUAACUGCGUCUUUUUUUAAAAUCGGUAAAUAUGCACAUAUGGUGGGACUCUUAUAUGGUAUGGAACACAAGUUUCUCAAAGCCCAAAACCCAUCCGUGUUUGACAUCGAACAUUUCUUCAAUAUCAAUCUCAUGUGCUCCUUGCACCGAAAUAAGCUAAGAAACUAUAAAGACGUAGACAUCGCUCAAAAGAAACUGCUCGUUGCAUGGAGAAAAGUACUAGAUCGGAAAAAUAAUACAGGGCUAGCAAACACCCUUGUGGCGACAUUGGGCAGACAAAUUGGCUUUACUCCAGAACUACCUGGCUUGGAACCUGUCCAAAUUAGCCUACCAGAAAUCCCUACUUCCUUAAGUAGCGCCGAAACAAAGGAAUUAUUAGACAGAUUCGAAGGAGUAUUCUUAAUUGCCAGAACACUCUUAGAUAUUGAUCAACACAACGCUCAAUAUCCGGAAUUACAGAAGUUUAUAAGCCAAUACCAGAGCGCAUUGGGUGAAUCUCAUGACCCUUACGACACGUACUUGAAAUCAUUGGAACACCUAGAAGCGCAAGCUCCUCAAGAGAUUGCCGAAGAAAAAGCAGAAUAG